AUGGAUUCGUUCGCUUUGAAGGUGGCCAUGCUGGCCUCGUUUUACCAGACAACUAUAGCAACGCCAUUUGGCGAGAUGGCCGCCGUUUGCUCUGCAACCCAUCUUUUGGCCCUCAUGUUCAAGGAUAUGAAAAAUGUGCACAAGAAAAUACGGCAAAUAGGGAAAUGCCUCGGCUUUGACCCAUCUCAGCUCGAGGAGACUAAAACGGAACUCACCAUGGAUUUGCAAUCUCAAAUCGACGGUUUCUUCAAGGGCUCAGCAAGGAAAUUUUGCGUUCCAGUUCUUCUGACAGGAUCUUUGUUCCAACAAAGAACAUAUCGGUGCCUAGUCGAAGCGGCUCGUUUUGGAGAGCGCAUUUCGUAUUCUGCGCUUGCAAGAAAGGUUAGUGGGAAUGAAGCGUCGAGAAGGGCCGUAGCACUUGCUCUUGGGUGCAAUCCUAUCCUGUUGGUUAUUCCUUGUCAUCGAGUGCUCCCGUCGAAUAUUGUAAAGGGGAUUGGCGGCUUUGCCGCUGGUGUCCAACGAAAGCAGGAACUCUUGCGUCUAGAAGAGCGUAUCGCAUAG